ACAGCACGUCCAGCAUCAUACAUGUAUACAUGUAUCGCCAUACCACAUCGCCGUUAACUUCAACGACACUAUCCUAUACGGUCGAUACAACUACAACACAGAGCCGCUCUACUAUCAAUCGACCCGUACGGAGAAUAAUCCUCUAGAAAUUCUCUAGACUAGUACUUUGCGCAUCAUGUCGAGACAGAUCAUUCAUUGGACACCUCCACCCGUGACGAUCAAUUAUCAAGCUCUCCCACCCUUAGUAAAGAUACAAAACCAGAAACUUCUGCGUCGAAGCCAGUCGCAACGGGUCUAUGCAGUGAAGGAGGUAUCCAUCCCCCUUCAGGGCGAUCAAAAGACCCUGAAGGGCGAGUUUCGCAAUCUCGAGUGGCUUGGAGAUGCGGUACUGUCUCAUUUCUCGACCGAGAUACUACUGGAGAGAUGGCCCGACUUAUCUACUGGGUCCUUGACACGUGUGAAAGCUGCUCUUAUUCGGAACAUCACUCUCUCGCACGUGUCUUUCCACCUUGGUAUACAUGGUCAUCCCGAACAUAUGGAGGAACCCGCCUCGCAAUCCCUUGCGGCGGACUCGUUUGAAGCUUAUAUCGGGGCACUUUAUAAAGACGCUCAGAGACGCGGAAAGCCGCAUCUCGUUCGACAUUGGCUCCAGAAGCUUUGGUCCCCCGCAGUAUUUCCCAACUUGGAGGAAGUAGCCACAAGCCAACCCCCAACAAUUGCGAAAGGGGAGAAAGCUAGGGGGAAGGGAAAUCAGCUCAAGGGGAAAGAGGAACCGCCUGUGCAGCUAUCCAAGGUUAAACCGAACUCGCUUGUUGGCUUGCUGGAAGCAAACAUAAACACGUUGGCUUUGGAAGCAGGGAAAGAAGCCGAAAAGAAGGCCACCGCCGACGUAGAGGUUGGCAAAGCUGCUACCAAAGCGACCCCGGUCCCCUCCAAAGCAUCUUCUCCUAAGCCGAAGCCGAAGCCGGAAGUCACCAUCCGAGCCAGCACUAAGCUUCAGGGCGAUCAACCGAAGAUAAAGAAGAAAGCUGAAGUUAUAAAGGCCAAGGCAUCUCCCGCUACUUCCACUCCGACGCCCAAGUUGAAGAAGCAUAAGAAGCAGCCUGACCUGGUCUGACCGGAGUGGCAUCCCGAUUGACCAACGAACGCGUCUUCUCUGACGAGCUGGAGUAUAGCAUAACCGUCCGAUAGAUAUUACGAAUGUUAAGAAAUCGUCUAAUAUGUGGGCUUGUGUCCUGAGCAGCUUUGUAAUACUCGUAUACGUCUGAUGUAAUUGAACAUGUCCUAACGAUCGAAACAAACUUUCAC